AACGUUUUCUUCUUCAAUUCUUUCUGGCAGGUCUAUACGUGCGUGUUUUUUGUGUUUUCUGCUUAUUUUUCAUAUUUACUUCGUUACAACUGCCCUCCUGUAAUUUUUAAAACAAAUUACGUUCAAGUAGACGUUAAACAACAGCAAAACUAGAAAACCAAAAACAUGGAAGAAUACGAUCCGGAAUUCUUAACGUUCACUAUAAAAGAUGAACCAGAGGAUAGUGAAGAUGAUUUCAUUGGCUUCGAAGACAACAGCUCCUCAUAUGUCGAUAUGUACAAACAGUACAUUCUGGUGGAUAGUAUCAAAGAUGAGUUUCAGCAAAAGACCAUAACUCCAGUACAGGCCCCGAAGCAGACGAUUCGAAAAGUGCCGCAAUUGAAAGUAACGAAAAGACCAGUGGUGGUGAAAAGGAAUCUGAAGCCCGCCGCUGCUAAUAUAAAAGUUGAACGUCCCAAAGAUGAUCCCUUAGAUGUAGCGCAACAAGAGGAGAAUUUAAAAUCGGGUGACAGUAAAACUCGUACCGAUAUUGAAAUUACCGUGAUGGGAAGUCUUACCGAUAGUGGCAUCAAACCAACAUCCGUCUACAUUUGCGAUAUUUGCGGCGCUAAAUACACCAGAAAAUCGAAAUUACGCACACAUAUUCUGAAUCACGUGGUCAGAGGACCGAAUGAGUUACCACUGUGUGAAUACUGCGGCGAAGUGUUUGAUUCGGUUGAUAGUUUCUUCUCACAUUUCGAAAAAGUACACCACGCUAAUCACGACGAUGUGCUAAUCACUUUUGAUCAGGUGAAGCAUGUGUUAUGUUGCGAAUACUGCGGCAAUGCUUACGCUCAUCCUGAAAGUUUGAACAAACAUCGUGCCGUUCAUGCCGGUAAACCAAAGCCCUACCAGUGUCAAUUUUGUGACACUCACUUUGACCAGUACAGCAAACUGGUUACACAUGCCUUAAAGCACAACGACAUCAAAACUGAUUUUCCGGUCGAUCGUUAUUGGCUGUGCGAUUACGCAGGCUGCACGAAAUCGUUGAAAAACAUCACUUCGUUGAACUAUCACAAAAAGAAUGUGCAUCAGAAGAAGUACAUGUCACAGUGCAAGGAGUGCGAUCAAGUAUUUGAAAACAGUUGGUCAUUGCACAAUCAUAUGCAGGUGAAACAUCUUGGGCCGUUCCCGUGCAUCAUUUGCGAUCGAAAUUGUCCAACGACCAAACUACUGAAACGUCAUAUGCUGACCCACACUAAAAUUGAAUCGGACCAACCAAAUCAGUCACGCAGAUUCGUCAAUUAUUGUAAAUAUUUGCAAAUAGAUCCGAACGGUACGUUUACGUGUAAGGAAUGUAAGCAAAAUUUUGACACAAGAAAGAGAUUCAGGACGCAUGUGGUCGAAUCUCACGAUAAGAGCAAAAAUUUCUUCUGUCCACAAUGCGAUAAAGGAUUUACAUUGGCAUGGCAAUUGAACUCGCAUGUUGAGAACACGCACGUCAAAAAGUUCCAAUGUACCAUAUGUGGAGUGUUCAAAAACAAACAAUCGAAAUUGCAGCAACACAUGAAAAUCCAUCAAUUCCCUUGUCACUGUUGUGACAAAUCGUUUUCUCGGCAAAUUUAUUUGGAGAGUCACAUCAAAAAGAGGCACAUCAGCAAACUGAUAUGCGGCAACUUCGAGCAAAAAGUUUUGAAUAAAUGCGAGUACGUAGACAGCAACGGUGUUCGCAGGCCACAACCGACAAAAAUUUAUGUAAUGCCUGGCCCAUGUCCAGAAGGUUCCAUUGCAUCACAAACUCCGAUUAGAACUAUCAACGUGAACAUUAGCCAAGAACAACGUUUUGUCGAGCCAAAGAUACGCAGACGGCAUGAUGUUUCGAGCGCUGCCGAACAGUACUCUUAUGAAAACGUGAACGAUCAACACAAUUUGGAGAAUUUGGCCGCAAUUGCUUUUCUCGAAUCAGAAAUGUCGCAGGCUGCGAAGCUGUUAACCAUGCCAUUCAUUAAUAAAUGAUUGAAAAUCCGCCACGGAAAGUUGAAUUAAAGAAGAACCAUCUUUGAUAGAACACUAA